AUGGAUCCACUAACUGAACCAGAACUGGUCUUCCCAAGUGGAGGCUUCCCAAGUGGAAACGAACUUAUAGCAGAACUGAAGGAUCUGGAGGACUGCGUCCGUAACCCGCUCGAGUUACUGGAAAAACAACAAGCUUCCUCAGAAAUCCAAGAUAAAUAUUGGUACGUGGAAUGUCCGAGGACUCCUGAGCGUAGGGAAACUUCAAAUAUUGAGCGUGAGCUGAUGACAGCAGAGAUGGAUAUAUGUGGUUUGUCGGAAACACACUGGAAAGGUAAGGGACACUUUACAACUGCUGAACAUCGGAUUUUCGUGUCGGGCUCAGACAAUGCAAGCCAGAAUGGAGUAGCCAUUGUGGUUAACAAAAGAAUGGUACAAUACGUGGACAGUUACCAAACCAUUAGUGACCGCAUUAUUAAAGUCACCAUCCGUACAAAACCUACUAACAUGCAUCUUAUUCAGGUAUAUAUGCCUACAACUGACGCAGAUGACAAACAAGUUGAGGAUAUUUAUCAAGAAAUAGAACAACUAGUAUCAGCCACACCCAAAAAGGAACCCCUAGUCAUUCUAGGUGAUUUCAACUCCAAGGUGGGAAAGUCAGCUGACAAUAACAACCUACAAAAUAUUAUAGGAAUGUACGGACUUGGAGACAGAAAUGCCAGAGGAGAGAGACUUAUACAAUUUGCAAUAGACAACAAUCUUGCAAUAACAAAUACCAUGUUCAAACAACACCCUAGACGAUUGUCAACUUGGACCUCACCCGAUCAAAAAACGAAAAAUCAAAUUGACUAUAUCUUAAUAAGCGGUAGAUGGCGGUCAUCUGUUACCAAUGUUAAGACAAGACCUGGCAUGGUAUGUGGAUCAGAUCAUAAAAUCCUAGUGGCAAAGUUCCAUCGUAAACUACAGGCAGUGAAAUUGAUCAAAACGAAAAGGUAUUCAGUACCUACUAAAGAAGGAAUAAUGAAAACAAUGAAAUCGGUAAAAAUGCCCACACUAAAAAAUGACGUACAAGAAAUGUGGAAUGACACUAGGACUUGGAUAAAUGAAAUAGUUAAAGGAAGUUGCACAUCUGGAAACACUAAAUUAAAGUCCAAAACUUGGAUGUCGAAUAAUACGAUCAAUUUGCUUGAAAAAAGAAGAAACCUAGUCAUAUCAACAACAUUUGACAAAGAACACAAACUAAGAAACAUCAAUAAAGAAAUAAAAAACAGCUGUAGACAGGAUAAAAACACGCACGUCCACGAGAUUUGCACAGAAUUGGAAAGACACUCGGCAACUAACGAAUCUAGAGAGCUAUUCAAUAAGGAUGAAAAUGGUCGAAAGAUUACUGAUCCGGAUGGUAUUGCUGAAGUCUGGCGAAAGUACUGCACAAAGCUUUACGAAGAUGGUGAAUCUUCUAAUAAUAUUAAUCGUCCCAACCAAUUCGAACAUGAACCGGAGAUCCUUAAAUCAGAAGUUGAACACGCCCUAAAUCGUCUCAAAAAAAUAAAGCCCCAGAUUAUUAACAACAGACUCAGGCCAUAUCUACUACCACAAAUUGCAGAAGAACAAACUGGCUUUAUGCCUGGUAAGGGUACCAGAGAACAGAUAGGGAACGUACGACAGUUAAUAGAAAAAGCGCGAGAAUUCAACAUAGAAAUGUAUCUCUGUUUUAUCGACUAUUCUAAGGCCUUCGAUCUAGUCAAGUGGCAAAAACUUUGGCAAAUACUCAAGGAAAUGGGGUUCCUGAUCACCUUAUUCUACUUAUCCGACAACUAUACCAACAUAAUUACGGACUUAUAA